GCUGAGGAGGCCCCCCCAUCAGACCCAGCUGCCUUAACCGACCUUCGACCUGUUCUCUGACAACCCAACCCAGAGGUCAGUGCAGAACCACAGGACUCGUCAUCAUCAUCAUCAUCGAGCCUCCAGCGAUGAGGGUCGAGGUGGUCUGAUAAAAACCCAGGAACCUGAAAGAUGACAGAGAGCCGGAGGAGGAGGAGGGAGCUGUGAGACGUCUCUGCCAUGACCCAGUAACAAACUCCACAUCCAGUCCAGCACCAGAAACCAAAAACACCACCAGAACUUCCAGCUUCCUCAGAGGCAACAAUGUAGAAGAAGACAGCGGAGACGAUUGUCCAGCUUUCACCAUCAAAGACCACCAGGAUUGUCUUCAACAGCGUCGUUAUGUUUUUAUAACUAUGGAAUUUAAACUCCUCACAAACACAGACAGCGAGUAAGAUUGUGUUAAAAAAGACUCAACAACCACAUUAAGAUUGUUCCAAACGAGUCGAUCCGACAGAACCGAACAGGAACGUUAUUUCAGGAGCCAAAAGCGGAGCGAGGACGCCACGAUGACUCAUCUGCACGCCGGACUGAGCUCGGAGACGACGGAGAAGGCUCGCUUAGAGCUGAACGAAAACCCGGAUACGCUGCAUCAGGACAUCCAGCAGGUGCGGGACAUGAUCGUGACGCGACCGGACAUCGGUUUCCUGCGGACGGACGACGACUUCAUCCUCCGUUUCCUGCGAGCCAGGAAGUUCGACCAGAUGGAGACCUUCAGGCUGCUGGCCCAGUACUUCCAGUUCAGACAGCAGAACCUCGACAUGUUCCAGAGCUUCAAGGUGGACGACCCGGGUAUUAAGCGGGCACUGAUGGACGGUUUCCCCGGCGUACUGGAGACUCCAGACCAACAUGGCCGAAAAAUCCUCAUCCUGUUCGCCUCCAACUGGGACCAGAGCAG